AUGCUGGUGGCUGAAGCCCCUGUCCCACCCUGUGGCUCACUUCUUGUUUCUGUCUUCCGCUUGGCCCUGCCCAACAGACUUAUGGAACCAGGAAGGACAUUGGUGUGGAGGACAUUCGCUACCGUGAGUUCCAGUGCAUUGCCAAAACCCCAGAUGCAUGGUCUCCUGGCCAAGCACCUGAGGGUUCACGUUAUUGGUGUGUUCAUUAUGGCCCUGGGAGUUGCAGCUUCCUAUAAGUUUAGUGUAGUUGAGCCCAGGAAGAAAAUGUAUGCAGAUUUCUACAGGGACUACAACUCUAUGAAGGACUUCAAAGAGAUGAAGAAAGCUGGAAUCUUCUAG